CGAGGCUAGAGAAGAAGAGCGUCUUCCUCCAUCGAUCUGCUUUAUUUAUCAAUCUGCGUUAAAAUCUGUUUAAACGUAGUUCCUUUAGACCAAAUAACAAUAAUAAUCUCUUCAUAUAAAUCAAAUUCCAUUCGGAAUGUUCUACUGACUGUCCUUUAAGCCCGGAAUAGCUUCAAAUCAUGCAGCUAGCUCUGUGAUGCUAGCCUCAGCUAGCUGCAGCUAGGCUGCUAAAGUUAGCUUCAGCUAGCAAAACAUCCACAGCAUUUCUGCACGAGACGAGACGUCAAAGAUCAACCCGGACCGGUCCGAGUCCAGGAGAGCCCAGCUUCACCCAGGGUUUCCGUUCAAGCUGUGACCCUCAUGGCUUCGGCAGAGGUCAGCAUGCAGGAAAUGGGCGAGGUGGUGAUCGUCACUCUGCCAGAGCCGGCAGGGGAGGAGCUGCCCACGGUGGUCCAGGAGGAGAAGGCAGAGACAAGGGAGGACGUCCUCACUGUGGCUCCAGAGGCGGAAGCUGAGGCCGGCUCAGCAGAAGCUCUGUCCAAGGAGGAGGAGGCAGUCAUCGUGAAGUUAACUGAAGAGGUGGAUGUGGAAGGUGACGUCUUCUAUCCGAUCACCUGUGCAGACGUCAAAGCCACCCUGGUGUGGAAGAAGUUUGUGUGUCCAGGCAUCAAUGUGAAGUGUGUCCAGUUCAACGAGCAGCUCAUCAGCCCCAAGGAGUUCGUGUGUUUAGCAGGGAAAUCCACCCUGAAGGACUGGAAGAGAGCCAUCCGCCUCAACGGCACCAUGCUGAGGAAGAUCAUGGACUCUGGCGAUCUGGACUUCUACCAGCACUCGGCGGUCUGCUCCAACACCUGCCGCAGCACCAAGAUCGACCUGGUGGGAACCAAGGUGUCGCUCAGCGGCGAGCCGGCCGCGGAGCUGGCGUCCGCCCCCCCUUCCUCUGCUGACCUGAACGGAGCGGCGGCGUUUCCCGAGGCGGCGGCGGAGGAGCCUUCAGAGUGGGUGACGGCCAUCGGAGAGGAUUCUCUGACGUUCUGGCGUGCGGUGAAGGAGGCGGGGCUCCUGGAGGAGGUGGUGGAGGAUUUCCAGAAGGAGCUGGAGGCGGUGCUGAGCGGCCUGCAGGAGCGAGUGGGCGACCCCCCGCUACAGGUCAAAGACGCCGUUCUGCUCAACAACAUCGUGCAGAACUUCGGCAUGCUGGACCUGGUGAAGAAGGUUCUGGCCAGCCAUAAGAGCCAGAUGGACCGGUACCGGGAGCAGUACACCCGCAGCCUGGCCGCUCUGGAGCAGCAGUGUGAUGAACACAGGAAGCGAGCCAAAGAGCUGAAGAGCAAGUCGCAGCACCUGAGCAACGUGCUGAUGACGCUGACCCCGGUCCCGUCGCCGCCGGCGCCCAAGCGUCCGCGGCUGACCCGCGCCGCCUCCGGCCCGGCCUCGGUGGGCUCCGCCCCCGCCCCCGCCCAGAUCACCCUGCCGCUCAACCAGCUGGCGGGCCUGCCGCUGGGCAAGGUGCUGACGGUGGCGGGCCCCCAGGCGGGCGCCGGCGCCGGCCGCUACACCCUGCUGACCUCGCCGCUGUCCGGGCCCGAGCUGGCGGCCGACGCCCCCAACCUGUCGGUGCUGUCGGUGGCGGCGGGGCAGGACGGGGCGCCGGGGGCGGGCUUCGUCAAGGUGCUGGGCUCCCAGUUCCAGGUGGUGACGCUGCCCGCCUCGCUGCAGGGCCUGGCCGCCGCCCAGCAGGUGGGCGGGAUCAGCGUGGUGGACGCCGCCACUGCCGACCCGCAGGAGGGAGCGCAGACGGACGGCGACGACGAAGGUCAGCCAGGACAGGUCAGAGAGGAAGAGGAGGCCGGCUGACACAGCUGGACACAGCUGGCGGCGCCGGCGGCCGAGCUGCAUGUUAACGGCUCAGACUGACACACACACACACACACACACACUCGUCACAUUUCAACAUGUUUGAACCACUCGGCCUUUUCGCUGGUUGGUCAUUUUUCUAAUAAAGCUGAAAAGCAG